AUGUCUGGUUUGCAAAAACAAACCCAGUCAUUACAAGAACUGAAUCCAGAGAAGGAAAGCUGGAAUAUUGUUGCAAGAGUGGUAAGGUUAUGGUUUGUUAAAGAUUACACAAAAGGAAAAUCUCCAUUUUUCAUGGAGAUUGUUCUUCAAGACAAAGAGGGUGUCCUAAUCCAUGCUACUGCAUACACCCUUUUUUCAACCAUCAAAGCACCUGGUUUUGACACAGAUUACUUAGUUAAUGUCAUUGGAAUGUUUACUGGAACAGAGAGAGAGUUAGAGAAAGGUGGUAAAAAGACCAAGAUGAAUGUCAUCCUUAUUGAAUCUGAUGGUUAUCGACUGGAGUGUUCUUUAUUUGGUCAAUAUGUUGAUAUGUUAAAUGCAUUUAUUGCCUCUGGAGAGGAUCAAUAUGUUGUCAUUGCUUUAAGUUAUUGCAAAGUGAAGAUCUUCCAAGAUAAAGUUUCUAUUCAAAACUGUAUGAAUUGUACGAGGAUAAUUUUUAACUGUGAUGGUGAAGAUGCUAUGAAGUUGAAAAAAAUGAUGUGGGAUAGUACUGAAUCUCCUUCUCAACCUCUUACCCAACUUGGUCAGUCUUCAAAAGAAAGUACUUUUGUAGUGAAGGCUACUAUCAAACAUGUUCUAGAUCAUGAUGAUUGGUGGUACACAGCAUGUAUCUGCAACAAAGUUGUGUUUAAACUUAGACUUCGUGUAAUUGAUGCUACUGAUUCUACAACUUUUGUUGUAUUUGAUCGUGAUGCAAGUGCAAUGUUGAAGAAAUCAUGCUAUGAUAUUCUUAACUUACAAGACAAGGUUAAGUAUCCUAUGUAG